AUGCCUUCUUCUAAGAGCGCUCCUGUCAUUGACUUCUCUGACUUCUUGUCGGGUGAUCAACAGCGGAUGCAGCAUUGUGCUGAUCAAAUCAGAGAUGCGUGUCUUACUCAAGGCUUUUUCCAAAUUGUCAACCAUGAUAUUCCUGCUAGCCUUCAAAAAGACAUUUUCAAGGCAUCAAAGGCUUUUUUUGCUUUGCCACUCGAAGAGAAGAUGAAGCUAGACAAAUCUCUCAACAAAUACAACCGUGGAUAUGAAGUCAUGCAUGGCCAAAUGAUUGAGGCAAACACCAGGCCUGACCUUAAAGAGGGAUAUUAUGUCUCUCGUGACCUGCCUAUGGACCACCCUCAAGUUAAGGCAGAAAAGUUUGCCCACGGCCCAAAUGUGUGGCCUGAGUCUCUUGGAGAAGCUUUCCGAGAAACUUGCAUGGAUUAUUUGAACCGCAUCGUGAAGCUUACAGAAGAGGUCAUGCGGGCCAUGGCAAUGAGCUUAGGCUAUGAUGCGGACUACUUUCAGGAGUUUUGCUCGGAUCCCAUGUGCUUCUAUAAAUUGCUUCACUACCCACCUCAGCCGUCAGAUGCCCAUGCUUUGCAAAGAGGUAUUGGAGCUCACCGAGACUUUGGCGUGAUUACUUUACUCCUGCAAGGAAACGUCGCUGGUCUCGAAGUCUGGGACGAGGAAGUCAAGGAUUGGUACCCUGUUCCUCCAGUUGAAGGAGCCUAUGUUGUUAACAUGGGUAACCUGUUUGAGCAGUGGACAAACGACAAGUAUAUUUCCAAUGUUCACCGCGUUAUCAAUCGCUCUGGAGAAGAACGUUUCAGCAUCCCAUUCAACUAUAACGGCAAUCCGGAUUUCAUUAUCAAAUGUAUCGAGAAGUGCCGCUCUAAGCCUGAAGAAGAGAAGUAUGCUCCGGUUAGUGUUGAGGAUUACGUUGUUCAGAAGUACAAAGAUGUUUAUGGUCGGGUUGGCAUUUACAAGUCCGAGUCAUUUGCUCCUCAGAAGGCCAACGCUUAGAUAAAAAG